UCAAUACAGGUUUAAAAUCAACAAUUUUUGGCGUAUUAUAAUUCAUUACUUGAAAACAAAAUGGAUAAAAAGUAUCGUGAUGAUUUAAACAGGAAGCGUAUGGUUAAACAAGCUACGAGAAAUUGCCCUGAGGCGAACGAUAAAGAAACCCACGUCAAGCAACCGUAUUUGGCGAAUCGCGAAAGUUCUAGGCGAUCAGCUGACCAAAAAGAAGCAGGAGGACUUUCGGAGGAUCGACGCCUUCUUAAUAAGGAUGCCAGUAAGGGUGCGUUAUUAAGGCCUUCCAGUAACAAACUGGUUCAUUCUGAUGUGAAAACAAGCGAGGCAUCGAUGUCUGCAUUGCAAUCUGCGAGUAGCAGACCCAGAGCAAACGAUACAUUAGUAACUGCAGCAAUAGACUUUGGAACUACUUACACUGGAUAUGCAUUUUCGUUCAAUCACGAUUAUCAAACAGAUCCUUUAAAGAUACACGCAAAUGAGUGGAGAAACGUUGAUCAGGGGCAAAUGCAUUGUAAGACGCCAACAUGUCUUUUGCUCAAUGAAGAUAGAAGUUUGCAUUCGUUUGGACAUGAAGCUAAACAUCAUUACAAAGAAUAUUGUCUUGAUCAGAAGGAAGACAAGGUUUACUUUUUCUGGAACUUCAAGAUGACACUUCAUCAACAGAAGGAAAUUAAAGGUGACUACAACUUAAAGGCAGAGAACGGCCGCAGUAUCGACGCGCUGACGGUAUUCAGUAGCUGUAUAGAGUACCUGAAGAAUCAUAUGAUGAAAAUUCUGACAAGUUCUAUGGCAAAACUUAAUAUCUCAGACGUCACCUGGGUUAUUACAGUACCGGCGAUAUGGAAUGAGUCUGCCAAAAAGUUCAUGCGACUAGCUGCUGAGAAGGCAGGACUCCCUAAGAACCGUAUCGAAAUUGCACUUGAACCAGAAGCAGCGUCUUUAUAUUGCCGACAAUUACCAAUUGCAAAAGACCCAGAAACGGAGCAUGGAGUUUCGAAACUUCCUAUUGAAUCACAGUAUAUGAUCAUAGACUGUGGCGGAGGAACAGUAGAUGUUACAGUACAUGAAGUUCUGCCCAAUGGUAGGCUCAAGGAACUUUAUACCGCAACAGGAGGGAAAUGGGGCGGUAUGGUUGUCAACAAGAAAUUCUGGAGCUUUAUAGCCGAACUAGUAGGCGACCAGGUUUUUGAAUCCUUUGUAAAUAAUAACAAAGACGACUACUUCGAUCUUCUUGACGACUUUGAAAGCAAGAAAAGAGUAGCUGAUCCGGGUUCUACGUCAACUAUAACAAUUAAAAUUCCAACCACUUUGCAAGAGCAGUUUCGAAAGGUUUUCAAACGCGAGCUUGGAGAAAAAGUUUCCGAGGUGCGGUACGAAAACAAGGUGAGACUAUUAGGAGAUAAACUGCGCAUAGAUGCGAAACAGUUCAUCUCGUUCUUCGACGAAGCAGUAGGUGACAUUGUAGCGCACGUCAAAGAGCUACUAGAGUCACUGUCUGAUAUAAACAUCAGAACAAUUAUCAUGGUUGGGGGGUUUUCGGAGUCGCCUGUUCUGCAAAAUGCAAUUCGAGAUGCAUUUCAUCCGGGCAGAGAAAUUAUAAUACCACAAGACGCAAGCCUUUGUGUUAUGAAAGGAGCUGUGCUUUUUGGACAUCAACCUUCAAUGAUAGCCGAGCGAAAGGCGCGUUUUACGUUUGGGUUUGCUAUGGUUAAACAUUUUAAGAGAGCUGAGCAUCCAAAAGAAAGGAAAAUCGAAAUCGACGGAGAAGCAGUUUGCAAUGAUCUGUUUGACAAGCAUGUUGAAAUUGGAGAAACUGUAAAGUACGGAGAAACACAGGCAGAAAAGUGCUACUUUCCUAUGUCGCCCAACGAUACUGUGUUUCCCGUUGCCCUUUUUCGCUCUACCGAUCCGAAUCCAAAAUUUGUUGAUGAAAGAAGCUGUGACUGUGUUGGAUAUUUCUUAGUGAAACGCCCUACUGAGAGCAAAGGUUCCAUAGACCAGAUCAGAAUUCGGUUGAUACUAGGAAAUUCCGACAUCAGCGUGGAAACUGUGACAUGUGACGGUUCAGUUGAGAAAAGCGAUUUCAAGAUAAAUGAAACUUAAAUAAGAUUGUUCGACCGCAUUGGGCAUUAUGAUAUGCUUUUUGAUAUACGAUCAUUUAAGUAUGUUUUGCUUUAGGACGGACAGAUAAUGUUAAUUAUAGACUGGUACAUGUGUAUAUUGCUUGUAGUUAAUAUGUUACAGGUACAUCAUGUUCAAUAUAUUUACAUUCCCAAGUUUAUAGUAUAGAAAACUGGGUUUAUAUUGUAUGAACAAGGAGAGGUUAUGCUUGCAGUGUUAAUAUCAGUAGUGCACUCUGAUAGUGAACGACAUUAAAAGAAUCAGCUAUUAUUUUAAAAGUAUUUAUCAGCAGCAGAAGUUGUAACGAUGCUUACAUCAUGCUGGAUAUAUAUAUAUAUCAUAUAAUGAUAGAUCAUCUAUUUGCUUGUUAAAUCGGUAUUGACGAAUGACGGUACGCUUGCACAUUUUCAAGAAACGCUAGCAUGCUAGAUGGAUUUUCUCGCUCACGUUCGAACAGCAAAUAUAUUUAUUAAACGAAACUUUAACAUUCAUUUUAAAGUUAAAAUUUAUAAUUUUAACACUACAAACCACUAUUAUUUUCAACGGUUAUAUUUGUUUAAUAAUAUAUGAAAUAGUACGUUUUUUAUCAACAUUCCAUCUUUAUUAUGCAUGAAUAAAUUCUUAAAGCUUGAUCCAUUAGAACGAUGCCGGUUCAUUCAAAGCAUACAAAAUGUGAUACUACAGAGUCAAGAUGAAUAGGACAUUGUCAACGCCAAUCAUUGGCAUCAAGUUGUAUACCCGUUCCUUAGCCAGUUUCAAAAUAAAUAUCAAUCUUUGAUAAUAAAGUACGCCAAU